CGGCGGUUCCGUCCUCUCGUAGAGCGAGACAGCAUCUCAAUUGCGUGCAAAGCGUCGAAAUCGUCUUGUCCUUUCCCUCCAAUCCUCCCAAAGAUGCAGUCAAUGCAGUCGAUGCAGCGCUCGAUUGGGCGCAGGAUACAGAAGGAUCCUGGCGACAAUGCAAAAACAGCCGUGCUGCUCAAGGACUAUGACGAUGCUGAGCAGCUACUCACCAGGCUUGUGGAGCAAGUAGGCUCGUGGCGAGCAGCAUGGAUUUCACUGGCACACGCCCAGCUGGGCAUUGUGACGGAGCUUGAGAGCCUGUAUGAUCCUAUCGUGGGUGCUGCCGACGAGACGGCGAAGCCGCACAACGCAACACCAGAGCUGCUGCUCGAGCGCACACUCCGGCUCAGGGAAGCGUACGACGAGUUGAAGACUGAUUUGCUCGAGGAAAUCGAAGUUGUGGAUAACAAGGUCGUCAAGCCCGUGUCGGCGGCCAGGGACUACAUAUCGCCUGUGCGCAAGACCAUCAAGAAACGGGAGAAGCUGCGCCUCGACUACGAGAAUGUGCAGACAGAUGUGACAAAACUGCAACGCAAGCCAUCUCGUACGCCAAAGGACGACAAGAGUCUCGCAAAAGCCGAGGCGGAGCUUGGGCCAAGGUCAGAUGCCUUCCACGAAGUCGACUCGCUCCUCAAGGAAAUCCUGCCGCCCAUGAUUGCUGCAGCUUUCAGCAUGCUUCCGCCUAUGCUGGCGACUCUUGUUGUCAUACAGAACAGGCUCCUGGGUUUAUACUACACCACUCUUCACACCUACUGUGAGGACUUCCAUUUCCCCCUCCCGCCUCCGGGCAUGGAGAAUGUCGUGGAGAUGUGGACGUCAGAUCACGAUCCCAUCAAAACGCAGAUCGAGGCCCUGGGCUGCGUUGUGGCGGGCAGGAGGGCUCGCAUGACAGCAAGGCCAGGCGGGACAGAAUCGACAGCACUCACACCCACAAACAGGCGGCCAGUGGCGCCAGCCUACAAUCCCUCUUCUGAAGACGACGACAACAGUGGGCGCCGAUCCUCAUCACUAGGCCUCAUUCCAAGCAACAGCACCACACGGCCCAACCGCAUCCCCUCCACGACGGCAAUCAGCCCGAGGCCGGAUAUCACCAGCAAGCCAAGCUUUUCUGCGGGCAUGGCCACUGACUUUACGACAGCCUCCCGCCUAGGCCAGGCCGCUGCAUCGGGGACAUCUCCUUCAUCCGCAUUGUCCUCAGCGAACACACUGUCUCCAGCCACGGCCCGCACAAACUCAUAUGGAGGGGACUACUUCGGCCGUACCCCCUCAAGCCACUCCAGCACAAGCCACAACGGCAGCGUCACCAGCCCGCUAAGCCCACCGUCAUCGUCAAUAGCGACAGCAGCAGCCGCUGCUGCAAAGAAGAAACCGCCACCGCCGCCCCCAGCGGAAUACGUGGUAGCUCUGUACGACUACGCCAGCCAGGGCUCUGGCGACUUGUCGUUCCAGGAGGGCGACCGGAUCAAGAUUGUCAAGAAGACGGCGACGGACCAGGACUGGUGGCAGGGCGAGAUUGGGGGUGUCAGGGGCAACUUCCCGGCGAAUUACUGUCGGCCAGCCUGAGGGACAAGAAAUUCACUAUAAAGGGAUGACGCAAUGAAGGAAGACAAUGGAAGAAAUGAUGAAAUUGUUGACGUUGGGGCAAUGAUAAUGACACAUGUACCUCAAUCUUUUGUUUUUGUUUUUGGGCAAAGGCCGUGCAAGCCACGGGAAACAUACAGAUGCCGGAAUUGGGGCGCCAAACGAUGCCAGCACGACCAACAUCUUCUGUCCCCGAGAUAUGUGGUGCUUGCUUUUCUUCAUGACAAGAGACCUUCUGGCACGUUGUGCUCAGUACCUUCCCAGGUACAUUCGGCGCGCCCUCGUAGACUGGCUUCGCAUGGAAUGACUCACCACUACGCGGGGUUACAGCAGA